AAAUAAAUAUGAGUUCAUUUUGGUGGUAUCCAAAUGCUUUUGAUGAACUAGUUGAAAAAGCAACUUCAGAGUUAUUGCCUGCUGGUCAAGUUGACCUUGCUCUCCAUCUCGAGAUUAGUGACCAGAUAAGAAGCAAACGAGUUAGUUCUAAGGAUGCUAUGCGUUCACUCAAGCAACGUCUAAGCCAUAAAAACCCCAAUGUUAUCCUUGCUACUCUUUCAUUGGUAGAUAUAUGCGUAAAGAACAGUGGUAGUGGCUUUGUAAAAGAAGUAGCUACCCGAGAAUUUAUGGAAGAAAUGACACAUUUACUUAAAGUACCUACUGGGUGUAAUCAAGAUGUAAAGGAUAAAGUUUUGUAUUUAAUUCAAGUAUGGGGUAUUGCCUCUAAAGGAAACAAUUCUUUAAGCUAUAUCUCUGGUACUUAUGACCUGUUGCGUGCUGAGGGGUAUGUAUUUCCACCUGUAACUGAAAGGAUUGAUUUUACCUUGCUUGAAGCAGCAGUUGCUCCUGAAUGGACAGAUUCAGAUUGCUGUGAGCGCUGUAGAACUACAUUUACAUUAACCACACGAAAGCAUCAUUGCAGACAAUGUGGCGGUACUUUUUGUCAACAGUGUUCCUCUAAAAGCCUCCCUUUGCCCCAUCUCGGUAUUAAUGACACUGUGCGUGUCUGUGAUGGCUGCUAUAUCAAAGUCAAGUUAUCCAAAGUAGCAGAUAAAGAAGCUGUGCCUCAUUUGUUAAAGACGCCUGCUUCUGUCUCUUCUUCUUUGAUGCCUACUUAUACACCUUCUGUCAAGAGUAAAAACACAAAAGAUGUCAUCAUGACUAGUCAUAGCGAUGGCCAUCAAUUCGAAGAUGAUCUACAAAAGGCUAUUGAAUUGUCUUUACAAGAAUCUCAACUAAAAGCACCAAAGAAACUCAAUCGAAAGACAGUUGGAGAAGUAGAGGAAGAAGCUAAUUUAGCUGCUGCCAUUGCUGCUUCACUUGAAGACAUACAUGUCAGCCAAGAAACAGCUCUACCUAAAUAUAACAAGGAUAACAUAUCUUGUGUUGAUAUGGAAAACAUUCAAAUGUUCUCUACAUUAAUGCACCGUAUUCAAUCUGCUGGUGGUGAUGUGUCUAACGAUACACAGAUCAAUACACUGUAUACUCAAAUUGGUGCUUUACAGCCUAAGCUUAUCAAGUCAUUAGAUGAAACAAGCAAAAAGCAUCAAAUAUUUGUUGAUCUCCAUGCUAAAUUGAACAGUGCUGUCAAAGCCUAUGAUAAAUUGAUUCAAGAUAGAUUGGAUCAACAGCGUAACAGAACUACAUCUCCUAUGCCUUUGCAGUCUUAUCCAUCAAUGAACAAUUAUUUACCUUAUUCUGUUCAACAAAACUACCCUAUUCAGUCUCAGCAAUCUUAUGUACCUCCCUCUCCAGCACCUUAUUAUCAACAGCAAACAAGUAUGCCCUCAACGCCCGGUUAUCCACCUUAUGUGAAUCAACAAGCACCGCCCCAAUAUCAACAAGCGCCUCAACAAGUACCAUCUCAACAACAGACUCCACUUCAACAACAGGCACCAGCUCAACAGGCACCAGCUCAACAACAGACUCCACUUCAACAACAGGCACCAGCUCAACAAGCACCAGCUCAACAAGCACCAGCUCAACAAGCACCAGCUCAACAAGCACCAGCUCAACAAGCACCAGCUCAACAAGCACCAGCUCAACAAGCACCAGCUCAACAAGCACAACAACAAUUCUAUACUCCUCCAAUCUACACUUCGCCCAUCGAGAAUAACUAUUAUAACCAGCCACCAUUCAACCAUACCCAGCAACCUACUUAUAACAAACAACCUGUUGAAGAAGCUCCUCUUAUUGAUCUUUAA